UUUUUAUAAUCGGGGAGCACUCUGCUACUACAACAAAGACGAAUGGGGUGUGGUGUACCAAAACUGGACUGAAUUUAAUUUGAAUUUAACGGCUCUCUCACUGUGCGUCGUUUAUUUAUGUGGUGUAUGCUCAGAUCAUCAAAGUAUCGAUCCUUCUCUCAUGAAAAGUCUCAUAUCUCAGUUUUGGUUUAGAAUCACGUGGAUCUGUGAAACAUUGUUCACGUGGCAGAGAUUGCCUGUUAGAGAUUCAACUUCAUAUCAACAAAGUAAUGUUAAUGAAUAAUUGAAAAAUAGCUAAACUCUAUAGAAAAAACUGAAGGGGCAAUAUUAUUCUACAGACAUCAAACAUAGCCAGCUUCAGGGCUAAGGGAGGGUGAGGCUACAACAUCUCUCUCCACCUUGUGAAGUUCACAUGUGUGUCCACUCCAGAGACAACACUGCUGCAUUAUAUAUCAUGGAUGCACAGGACUGGAUAAACAGCAAUCACACUCUCUGUGAGCUGCAGGCGGUUUCUCAGGCAGACACCACUAAGAUGCCAAUGGAGAUUGUUUUUGACGUCCCUUUAAGUCCUCCGCCGUCAUACGAUCAGGCAUCCAUUUUGUGGUCUCUUGGGUUGUACUCACACACCCUAGAUGAGGCUUUGAAGAGAGGUCAUGCUGCAGAUCAACAGUCAAUGGACUUUCUCCAGCGGAAAAGCUCAUCAGUCACAGCAGCUGUUCAUAACUUUGCGCAGGCCUUGGCCAGUGAUAUUAUAAGUUCAGCCACACAUCCCAGUGUUGGAGAUACGGAGAGUGAGAAAGUCCUGUCGCCCACGUGCGGCACUGAUGAAGGCCGAUCCACUGCUUCGCAUUGUUUCUUUGAUCCGAAUGCAAAUGUCCUUUGGGGAGACGACCAGGAAUGCAAAACUAGCAGCUACACUGAUGAGGAAAAGCUAGCCGAGUAUUUAACGUCCAUGAUUUUUCGAAUGGCUUUGAAAGAGGUGGCUGAACAUGGCAGCCCAAGGACGUCUGUUCUGAGCACAGCGCAAUCUACGCAUCACCGCGAGACUUGCAGCAGACAUCCAUAUGACGAGAGAAUGCUCUCAGAACGUGGGCAAUCACAGGAAAUAUGUGACGAAAACAUGGACACGCAUUGGGAGGAAUCAACGUUUGAACCACCAGCAUCCUCAAGGGCCCGUGGUGCAUCUGGCUCCUCACGCACCAUCGGAAGUUUGCUCUCACAAUCUAGCCUGGCCAGUAACCAAUCCCUGGAUUACCCCGAUGCCCCACCGACCACGCCGUUAAUCCCCGGUGUGACUCAGAGCAGAGCCAGCUUCUGCAGGAAGUUGAAGGGGGGGCUUGCGAAGGAGUUCCUCCCCUCUCCCCCACCACCGACUCCCAACAAGAACCCGAACCCCAGCCAACAACUACUGAGGGGCUACAAGGAGACGGACAGGGAUACGGCCGAGUUUGUCCACCGCCUGAUGCGUUCCUUAUCGCUAGAGUGCUCCGACGAGGCAGGUUUUGCAGACAUCAGUGGAGGACUCUCCAGCCAAAGUCCAUGGACCAACUGCCCUGAACUGUCUCAUUAUGCAGACCAGCUAUCGGCUGACAUCAUUAAAUAUGUCACCACAUCAGAUGAGGGAGAGGAUUUCGUAGACCGGCUAAUGUGGUCCUUAUCUCUUGAAUACCCAGAAUGCAUAGAGGAUACACCGGUCAAAGAAAAUAAUAGCGGACCUCUGAACAAGGCACAUUGUGAUUCAGAUGCACUGAAUGACUUUGCAGAUGAACUAGCCACAGAUAUCAUUGGAUGUGCCAUCGAGAGCUACUCAUCACUGACAGCAUUCCAAAAAAGCCUUCUUCCUACUGCUGAGCGCUGGGCCGAGGAGAUACUCCAAGCCUCCUACAGAGAAAUGAUUGAUCCGGACAGGACAAAAGACAUCAACACGUCGGCCCAGCCAAACCGACGGAGCGUGAAAAGCGAGGCAGGCCUCACAUCAUCGGAUGUGGGAGUCGAGGCGAGCACUCGGAGCCAAAUUCGCAGGCCGACCUCGGAGGUUCACUCCCUGCAGAGGACGGGGAGCCAAGAGGAUGACCCCACGGGUGCGGGGAGGCUGAGAGACUUAGCAGAGGCGCUGCUAGCCACUGCAUUUAUUCAGGCGCUCCCAGAGCUACAGCGCGCAGUUUUACAUCCUGGAGCUGGUCCAAUGGCUCAGGGCCCGCCAGACUAUACUUCUGGCUCCCUUAGGACCUCCCUCCAGCCUUCUAAAAGAGUCCAGGCCUCCCUAAGCAGUGGGAACCCAGGUCAAGCCACUGGUGCUCUGGCCCAAGUUGACAAUGCUGCGGACUGCGCGCUAGACAGCUAUGCAGAACACGUUGCCCUCGAAGUGAUUGAUGGCUCCUUGAAGCUUGCCUCGAAAUAUCUCGUUGGCGAUGGGAAAGCAUGUAGCCUUCGGCGUGAUGGGAACGGUUCUUGGUAUUCGGAGGGUGAAGUUACACAGAGACGCCAUGGCCCAAGGGUGAGGGUAUUGCUUGGGUCUCAGAUGUGUAGGACCACAAAUGACCUGAAGGGGGUGCUGAUGUGGGCUGCAGCUUCUCAGCUCGGGAUCCAGACACUCACGCUCGUGGUUGCUGACCAUCAGCUUCAAGCUCAAUUCAGCAGUGUGGCACAUGAUAGCCAUCUCCUGGGCUUGACUGUGGGGGACCUGAUGACAUCACUCCUGCAGCACUGCACGCACCUGUCCCAAGUGGCCAGUAGAGGGAGCUCUCUCAGUGGUGUUCACCCACUUACUUACCUACAGGAGCUGAGUGGAGUGAGCCGCAAGGAAAUCCAGCACGACAACCGACCUCAUCCACACAGUCCUCACCAUCCCUCUCCCGAUAAAGAGCACGAUUAAAAAGAAAUAUGGACGCAAUGAAAAAACAUAGACACGCUAUAAAUAUAUUUUAUACUGAUUUUUUUUAUCUGAUGUUAAAUAGCCUAAUCGUAUUAGUGGCAAAAGGGAACAAUUUAUUGUAAAUCCCAGCAGAGAUUUUAUGACUGAUUAAUUUAAUAUAAAGCUUAAUACAAAUAAAAAUCCAUUGUUGCUAUAAA